UGUCAGGGUUCCUUAAAAUUGCUCGCCUACCAGGAAAAAGCCAGCCUUUUAAGCACUUCACUAGAUCAAAACUCAAGGUCUUCAUGGAGGCAUUUCAGAAAGAGAUAAAUGACAUCAAUGGGAAGCUAACGGGGUUUGAUGAGAAACUGACGGGAUUUGAUGAAAAACUGGCGGGUUUUGAUGAGAUGAAAGGUCAACUCAGCACAAUUUUGAGCAUACUAUCAGGAAAAGGAAAGGGGGUUGCAACCAACGAAGAAGCCAUAUUCGACGAAGAAGAUCACUAUGAACAACCUAAAGGAGAUGCCUCGGGUAGUAAAUUUAUUUUCAUACCUUCGAAGAACACAUGUGACGAAGAUGGCAUAGGCUAACCAAAGCAUGACAAAUUAGAAGAGACUGAGAAGCAGGAGGAACAUGGGGUUGAUGCUAUGCUGAAAGAAAAAUUGGAACACAUGAAUGAACGAAUAAGAAGCAUAGAAGGAUUUGAAUCCUAUGAGCCUAUGGAUGCAUCGCAACUAUGUUUAGUCCCAGAUGUCAUAAUUCCUCAUAAAUUUCAAAUGCCUGAAUUUGAAAGAUACAAUGGCACUACUUGCCCAAGAAGCCAUCUAGUCAUGUUUUGUAAUAAAAUGGCUAACUAUAUUCGUGAUGAAAGGUUGAUGAUACAUUGCUUCCAAAAUAGCUUGAGCAGCUCCGCGCUGAGAUGGUAUAUGCAAUUAGAGAAAACGAAAGUGAAAAGGUGGCAAGACCUAGCCGAUGCAUUCAUGAGGCAUUACAAGCAUAACCAGGAUUUGGCCCCAGAUCGGGAGGAUCUACGUAAUAUGGAAAAGAACGAGAAAGAAUCGUUCCGAGAGUAUGCUCAUAGAUGGAGGGAGAAGGCGGCAGAUGUUCAACCCCCGCUGUUAGAAAAGGAAAUGGUGUCAAUCUUCUUCGGAACAUUGAGGGUUCCGUAUUACAACAACAUGGUGGGAAUUACCACAACCAACUUUGCGGACUUGCUAGUAAUUGGAGAGCGAAUUGAAAAGGGAUUGAAGCAAGGCCGGAUGGAAAGUCCGGAAGCCUCAAAGAAACCAUACCAAACUCGAAGGGGAGAUGGAGAGAUUCAUUCUGCUCAAGAAGACUCAUCCAGAAGAGGAAGGUGGAAUCACCAACCUCAAGACAAUCAAGCUAAUCCCUAUGUUUCAAAUACCGCAUUGAUUACUCAACGUCUGAAUUUUCCUACUCAAUCACCAGUGGCACCACCACCAAAUAACCAAGACCAGAACAAUUCUGGGAGAUACAAAAACACCAUCCAAAUUGAUCCUAUUCCUAUUACGUACACUGAACUUUUCCCACAACUGCUCCAAAGUCAUCUAAUUUCCCCGGUUCCAUCUGAGCCUAUGCAACCUCCAUUUCCACCGUGGUACAAGCCAGGAGAACAUGGCACUUAUCAUUCUGGAGUCCCUGGCCACUCGACCGAAGCUUGCAGGACAUUGAAGAUAAAGGUGCAACAGAUGAUCAAUGCCGGUUGGUUGAAAUUUGAAGAGGAGUCAAAGCGCCCAAACAUAAACAAUAAUCCACUGCCCGCUCAUGGGAAGUAGCAGGCGUACUACAAAGCAAUGCUCGAUUCAAGGAUGAUGUUGGUCCUAUUACGUAAAUAAACUUAUCGAGCUAAUUUCCUUAACAAUAGAUGUAUCGCCUUUGCUUUCAUCAUUAUAAAUAAUAAGAUUUCAACCUUUAGACUUCUUUGGAAUGUUUUGUGACUAUUAUCAAUCUUAAUAUAGAAGUUUGCAUCAAUGGUUUUUCAUUGCCCAAUUGACGAAUGUUAUUCCCAAUUUCUUUAAAUUUGAUGGAAACCAUCAAAACUAGUUUUAUUUCCAAGUAAAGCCAUGAGAUUGCCAUCAAAUUUGAGCACCCCACUGGUGUUGAGCGAUUAUAAGCACCCCAUUGUGUUAACAAUGUGCACACUGCGCCAGAACUAAGAGUGUAAACACCCCAUUGGGUGUACACGAAUCGUGUGAGUGAGUAGUCAAAAGGUGUAACGAGCGUAUGACAUCAGGCUACUUGUAGAAUCUCGUCACCAUCAUUGCCAACUUUCGCUAGUGAAUUGGGAUCCAAAUACAUAUGAAGCUAAUCAAGGAAAAAAAUUCAAAUAAGCCUAAUGGCAUUAGAAGUUUUGCUUCUUCAAGAGAGGAGUAACCAACCAGCCAAUCCAACGAGAAAAUACACUUACAUUGUGAAGUACUAACCUUUUGCUGCUUCUGUCUAGUUAUACAAAUGUCAGAGGUGAGAAUAAGGGAAGCAUAUUCUGUGCCACAACCAAGUUAACUAAGUCUCACGACAAAAAAAAAAAAACAAAGCAAAGAAAAAUUGUUGUAGGACUUACAUGUUAAAGGCCCCUUCAUUAGCAUUUGAAGUCAACCAUUCACGGCAAAUCAAAAUGUUUGUCGGCUAAUACCUACAGAAAACCUUAAGCAAAGAACCUAUGAGAUGAGACUUCCCAUAGCCAAGUUCACAUUCACAAAGACCUCAUUUAUUCACCACCUGACCCCACCUCAUAAAAUCUCAAGACAAGGGGGCAACGUAAGACGCAUUCCCCAAGAUGUCCAAAAGCCACCACUAUUUUUGAGAAAGAAAGGCUCGAGAAAACCAUGAUAAUUGCCAUUAGGAUCACUCUAAGCCAUCAUUUAACCUAAUACCUCGGGGGCAAGCCAACAUCCCUUACAAGAAACUUCACAAUACCAAAAUCAGACUUCAUAAGAAUUUCCUCAUUUGAAAAAGCCAUUACCCCGAACAUAUUUUACUAUCAACAUAAAAGAAGGCCUCUCAUAGUGACCCGAAUUUUAAUGGUAGCUGAAAUGUCAUAUGCUCAAAGCACCCUUAGGAAUGAGUGAGAGUGAAUCCGAGCAUGACGUCGAAAAUGAGAGUAGAGUGAGUGUUUUGGAUUUUCUCAUGGCUUUACUUGCUCCCUUCUCAUUGAAAAAUUCAAAAAUAUUUUAGCCACAUGAAAUUACCAUACAAAAUUGUAUCCAAUUCUUACACACUUUUCUCAAAUUUCAACAAGUUCCCAUGAUACUUUUCCAAUCACAUUUGUCAUACAUUUUUGCACUAAUCUUCAGUUAAGGUUGAUAAAGUCACCCUUUAUUCCAUAGAAUAGAAAGUGAACGCCAGAUCUUUGGGGGUAAGAACAGUGUAACCUCGACGGAGAAGCAUUCUGAAAUGCUCGCGAACGAAAGUACCCAACUUGUCAACUCAUCAGUUUAAAAAUCUCAAAGAAUUGGAGAGAACCAUUGAUUUUGGUCAACCAAUCAAUUAUCCCUCCACGAUAGGAGGAGCACAAUACAAUAGACCAACGAAAAUUUAACAACCUUGACUUGGACAACAAGAAGCCCGAGGGAAGAACGACUAAGAGCUCUCACUAUGAAGCACAACUGAGAAGCAUCCCUACAAGAGACAAUGACACAAGUUCUUGCGGGUGAUCAAUUUAAAGAAGCCCAGGACAAAAAAAAAAUCAAAAACAAAAACAAUGACAUUCUCAAAUCAAUUGAUAAAUGCAUC